AGACAGGACAACCUCGAGGUUGAUCCCCUGCUUUUUCCGCCGAUCACUAGGUUGUCAUUCACUUGGCGCAUCCGUCCGGGAUGCGACGACGGAACGGGUUUUUUCGCACUGUUUAUUAGCGUUGCGAGGCGCAAAGGCAUCUCACAUGUGUCUAGCCUCAGCCAACUUUCGCCUAGCACCCUCAUUCCCUGAAAUCCGGAGAAUCUUCGUUUCUCGUUAUCUUCCCGUUAUCCCCCGCAUCUCAUCUCCUUCCCGCCCCAGUCAUGGCACCUGCUAUCACUUCUCCUCUCCCACCUCUCUCCUCCCUCGCUAUCUCCCCUCCAAUCCGCGAAUCCCGCUCCCUUCAAAACUCCUCUCCGCGCCUUUCCCGCACCGCCUUCCCUAUCCUCCUCCCCCUCCUCCUCGUGCUCCUAUUCGCCGACCGAUUAACACCUCCCGCCGCGGCGCUUCCGCACUAUGGCGCCGUCCCAGGCGGCAGUUGCCCCAUGAACAACUGGUCCGAUAACGGCUACUGGGGCGUGAUCGAAGCGCGCGCGCACGCCGCGCUCGCCGCGGCGCAGGAGUGGCGUGGCGCGGCGAACGAGGCCCUGGGCCGAGUCGAGCCGCUGCAGCUGCUAGUGGCGGCGCUGCUCGCGGCGGUGGUCGGGGGAAAACUCGCGCAAGUCGCGGGCGCUGCUGGCGCGCAGAUCCGGUCUAAAGGCCUCGUACCGACUCUCACUGCCCUCUUCUUCUCGCUAAUCAGGCUCCUUCCAGGCGUGAAGGCGUUCAUCCAAGAGCAGCAGGACAAGGCCAGGGCGCAGAUUGUCGGGGGCAGCAGCAGCAGGGAGCGCGCGCAGUGGCGCAAGAGGCUGCCGGACGUGGGUGCAGAGGCGGAGGAGGUGCUGGGGGAGAUGCGGGCUUUAAGAGACAAGGAUAAGGCGUGGCAGGGGCGCUGCUCGGGAACUGUCUAUGUGGGCGGGGAGUCGUACGAGAAGCAUAUGAAGCUGAUAGCCGAUGCUUAUACCAUGUUCCAGCACACCAACCCCCUGCACCCGGACGUCUUCCCCAGCAUCACUCGCUUCGAGGCAGAAGUUGUUGCUAUGACUGCCGCUCUGUUGGGUGGGGGAAGCCACCCUGAAGCCAGCUGGGGGGAUGGGGGCAGUGACAGCGCAGCCAACGGGGAAGAGAACGGGGGGGGCAAGGGUGGAGCGAAGGGGGCGAAGGGGGUCAAGCGAGGGGAGAAAGCAGGGAAGGGAGGGGGGAGUGGGGGAGAGGGGGGGCUGGAGGUGUGUGGGAAUGUGACGAGCGGGGGGUCGGAGAGUAUUCUGAUGGCUGUGAAGGCAUCCAGGGACUACAUGCGCGCCAAGAAGGGCAUCACCCGGCCAGAGAUGAUAGUGCCUGUAUCAGCGCAUGCGGCAUACGACAAGGCAGCGGAGUACUUCCAGGUGCAGCUGUUGCGGGCCCCCGUGGCGGACGACUGGUGCGUGGAGGUGGACGCGGUGAGGCGCCUGUGCACACGCAACACCGUACUGAUAGUGGCAUCCGCUCCGGGCUUCCCACACGGCAUCAUAGACCCCAUUCCGGAGCUGGGCGAGAUAGCGGCGCGCUGGGGCACGUGUCUGCACGUGGACUGCUGCCUGGGGGGCUUCGUGCUGCCCUUUGCUAAGAAGCUCGGCUACCCCCUGCCGCCCUUCGACUUCUCAGUGCCUGGGGUGACGUCUAUAUCCGUGGACUGCCACAAGUACGGGCUGGCUCCAAAGGGCACGUCCGUGGUGCUGUACCGCAACCGGGAGAUUAGAAAGCAUCAAUUCUGUGCGGUAACGGAGUGGAGUGGCGGGCUGUAUGUGUCGCCCUCUGUCUCGGGCAGUCGCUCUGGGGCGCUCAUUGCGGGGGCCUGGGCUGCCAUGAGGAGCAUCGGGAUGCAGGGGUACAUGGACAUCACGAGGAGGCUCAUGGAAGCGUCCAAGGCUGUAGCGGCAGGGAUAUCGCGCAUAAAAGGAGUGCAUGUGGUGGGGCAGCCGGACAUGACAGUGGUGGCACUCGCAUCGGAUCACCUGGACAUAUACCGGGUCAACGACGCCAUGUCGCAAAAAGGAUGGGCGCUCUCCGCCCUGCACAAACCCGCCAGCAUCCACCUGUGCGUGACCUUGCAGCACGUGGACGCGGUCGACACCUUCCUGGCGGACCUGCAGGCAGCUGUGGACGAGGCUGCUGUUUCUGAGAUGAGCGCACAAGGCGGUCACGUGGACGCGGUCGACACCUUCCUGCCGGACCUGCAGGCAGCUGUGGACGAGGUGCGCUUGUCCCCCUCGCCAUUGUCACAAGGCAUGGCUCCCAUCUAUGGGGCUGGUAACCGCAUGCCAGAUAGAGGGGCUGUGAAGGAGCUGCUGUUGGACUACAUGGACUCGCUCACAUGAUGGAGCAUGCAGGAUCUUAUAUGCGGGCAGGCAACGUUCUCCUGUGCAACAAACAGGCAUUGUUCAAUAUACUUGGUCGAAGGAUCUAUAUUAAUUUGAGUGCAGCCAAUUUGAAAUAUCAGUGUGCUCCGGUUAUUUUGUUUGGAAACAUUCCAAAUGUUCAGACAGUUGAGUAAAGAAAUAGUGUAAAU